GUUAUCAUUUGAGCUUGAUAAUAUUCUUCCCAGAGUGACGGUUGGCAUGUGAGAAACCAUGAUGUUGUGUUUUCCAGACGAUGUAUCCCUCAUUUUUCUGCGGCAAAACGAUCAGUUUCCCUAGCCUUGGUGUAGGCUCGGUGUUUGUGUGAAUUUGAUAUAAACAUCUACGGAUGAAGCUGCAUGGAUCCACUACCAUUCUUGGAAUCACGGCUUUUUCCUGAUUCCAUUUGGCCCGAGCAUUUGUAUCCAAUAUCACCGGUUCUUCCGUUUUAGCAAUUGGCGAUGUUCUCAUCGGAUUUGGGCGAAUUUUUCAAUGCUACGUCAUGCAAGGGUACUCAGUUUCUUCGUUCCGUUAACUCAUCUGCAACACACAACAGUGAUUUACUCCGCAUGACCACUUCCUCCGCCGUCGUUAGUCCCUUAGUCACCGUGGAACAGCAUCGACUUCCUCAUCAGAUUGAACUUAGGCUCUCCUCCUCUCCCGGCGCUGCACCCACCGAUUCUUCCGGUCAGGAGCAGAUGUACCAUCGAUCGGAUUAUCACUACACUCGUACCGAUGGUCACUCCGCUCCCACUUCCAGCCCCACUCCAACUGGACUGACUACGGUUUGGUCCAGGCCCCGAGCUCCGGUUCACCCACCAACCGACUCCUUGUCCUCGUCAACAUCUGCUGAACAUGCGCCGGUACAUUCGUCGACAGUUUCCCAACACGCAUCGACAAAUUCAGCUGCAUCUCGGGGCAUUCUUCGGUGCCCAUUUUGCAAUAAAGUACGCUUUCCUCGUAGCAUGUGGAUCAUUUUGCGCUCAUGAUACACCAUAUUGAGUCAUAUAAUCGUUCCUUUUGGUGAAUGAGCUACCACCUAUAGUCACUUUGUUACUUGCGACCAGCGAUAUCGGCCUGCUCCUGAUUUUUCAUGGUCUAUACC